ACAUAGCAGACAGGACUCCAGCUCUCACCCACUGACUGGACAGCAUGGCCCCUUCUAGUCCUAGCAUGGUGCCGGCUGAUGGCAAUGGGCACAGUGCACAAGGGAUGAGGAAGCUCAGGAAGCCAGUGAUUGAGAAGAUGAGGAGAGAUCGGAUUAACAGCAGCAUUGAGCAGCUCAGGAUGUUACUGGAGAAAGAGUUUGACAAACAGCAUCUUCCAUCCAAACCAGAGAAAGCGGAUAUUCUGGAGAUGACAGUGACCUUAUUGCAGCAGCACCUGGCUGGGAAAACUGCUCCAUCAUCCAGCCAGAGCUACACAGAAGGUUACUCCAAGUGUCUCCAGGUCUCUGAGGGCUUCCUAUCCCAGCACAGACAGACAGAGGCCCAGGGGAAGCUGAUGCAGAACAUCCAUUGGACACAAACUCUUCCAGAAGGGGAAUUAUCUUCUAAAGUUACUUUAUAUCAGGCUGCAAGCAAACACACAGCACCAGAGACCACCAAAGCCAUGUGGAGACCCUGGUAGUCAAUCUAUGAGAUGAAUUGGAACUAUUUAAUGGUCAAGCAGUUACAGACCUUUCCCUGAGAUGACCUGUUAGAGACUUUUUUGGACUUCAACAGACUGGAAAUAGUAGCCCAUAUCACCAUAUGGCUGUCCACUUCACAUGGACAAUGUGCUUCUGUAGGCUACUGAUUUAUUAUAUAAUUAUAGUGUAAGCAUGUUUCUAAUGCUAUUAGCCAGGUAUGUUUUAUAUUAA